AUGACUCCUCAGCGACCCGGGCUCAAUUCUGUGCCUUGGGCAGUACAAACAUUAGAAGACCCACAUCUGCUUCCCAAGACUCCUAGAUGGGUGCGAAUGGGGAGUCUGGUCUCACGCGUGUCAUCGGUGCAAUUGGUCUCAUACUGGAUAUACUCACCAGUAUUGGUACCAGGCACAGAAGAAAGAUGUUACAACCGGAAAACUAUCGCGCUUGCUUCGUUGAGAUUUAUCAUCGCAUGGCCCUUGUUAUGCAUACUGAUGGCUGGGUUCCAAUCGUUGGCAGUAGACGAAGGAUACAGCCCUAUUACCUCUGAGUUACGAGGGCAUGGUCUAGAAUCACCCCGGGGUGCUGUCGCAACACAACCUCAGCAACGUUAUGCAGACGAUGUCCAACUGGACUCUGUGCCAAGCUCUCCAGUCGCAGCUCAGACAGAAACAGCAAUCAAUCUCACGACGGUCCAGCAGAGCGAGAGAGGCGAUUCUGUUCCGCCUCUUAUCCGCCCUACGUACCUCUGUUUGGUCAAUGACUUUGAGAAACGGACCUUUGAAACAGUCAAGGUGUCAGAGUACCUAAAAGAUCAUGGCGAUAACGUUGACAUUGAAUUCGUAUUCGUAUCAUACACUCGCGUUCAAUUCAGGGUUGCAACAGAUGACGAAAUCACAAACUAUACAUAUUCCUCCGAAAAAGAGAGGGAAGCAAACCGAAUCCUCGCAAGGAAUGACCGUCGGCAGCUGAUCAACUGGGGUAUCGAUGCAGCCAGGCGAGCGGGUAAGAGAGCCUUCUGGCUUGACUUUGAAUGCAUCCGUAACCAGGAUGGUCUCGCACAGUCUACAAGCAACAGUGAUGAAGUAUAUCAGAUCUGUGAUAUCAUCAGAGUCGCACAUUCGAUGAUUAUAGCUAUUGGUCCUCCUACGGAAGAUAAAAUAUCCCAAGGUACGGCACUGGCUUCAUUCGAUCCCGCAAAUGUGACCCCUUGGCUACGGCAGUGGGGUUCCCGACUAUGGACACUGCCCGAGCUUUUGCUCUGUCCUAUUGAGCAUCGAAUUCAGUUGUAUAUUACCGGUGAUACUGGUGAGCCCAGGUCAAUGGCCAAACGAAACUUUGCGGAACGUGCAUGGAAUGAUGCUGGCGCUGUACAAGAGCUGGUCAAUCAUUUCGAGGGGACCGCGACGCUCACCAAAGUCCAACUCAUCGAGGCUGCCUUCAAAUGCUUCUCCCGACGAAAGACCGAUCAGUUCAGCCAGGGAGAUAUAGCUUAUGCUAUUAUGGGUCUCUUUCCGCUUCGCCAACGUCCAGCUGUCAACGCAGAAGAUUCAGGUUUCCAAGCAUUUGCGAGGCUUGCCUUGGAAAACGAAUGUGGUGCAUUCUUGAACCGUCUCAUCUGUAUUAAUACACCAGCAGGUGCUCCCUGGCAUGAUACUACGGAUUCACUUGGAGCCGAUUUCAGGGACAUACAUGCCACUAGCACAGUCACAAACAUAUUGGGUACAGAUACAGUCUUACUCGAUGAUGUAGCUGGAGCUAUCAUAGAGUGGGACAACCUUAACCCUUCAUCAACCCCUGGAUCGUUCAACCCUCUCAACUUCUUCUCUGCAGCUUACCUCAGAUCGGUGGUCUUUGUGUCGUUAAUAGGUUACGGUGUCAGGCUUCUCGCUGGGCGAGAUCUGAACGACUUUCCCUCGACGAUAUGCCUCGCCCUCGCGCUACUUUUCAUCGUCAUUGGCGCUACGCUCGCCCCCACUAUACUGACUUCUUGUUCCCGAUCCAAGGCAGAAGAGUUACUGGGGAGUAGAUUGAUUGGUAUAGAAGGACAUCCAUCUGCCGCCGCAAUCGAGAAACAUAUCUGUGGAUUCAAUCACGGCAGGUUCAAGGCCACCAACCUUGAGCCUUAUUCGGACAUGCUUGAACAUCAACAAUCUACUCAAUCCCCAGCCGGAAAGUAUGCUUUCACACUUGUCGAGACCCGUAUGAUGACUGUCACCCAUUUCUAUAGUGCGGAGCCACCAGCUGCUGUACUUAUACUGGGAGAGGUGAAUGGUGCGUACCGUGAGAUCCUCUGCUCAUAUGAUACACAACAACACGUCUUUCGCCGUCAGUCAGUCCUGAGAACAAGCCGUCGAGGUAUUGGUCACUAUUCUCGAGCUUCAAAUGUACUCUUCUCCCUUGGUUUGGUUUCCCAAAGCCUGAAUCAUGCCCCAGUGAAUAAUCAUAGUGGAGAGAGUCACCAAGCAGAUGGGCGGGUCAAUGAUGCUAGUGAAGCAGUAAUAGACCAAGAAGCUUUAAAAGAAAAGGAUUGGCCAGGAUGUCGACGAGUCGAGUUACUGUUCAUCUACUUGUUCAUGGUUACUCUUCUAUCCGAUUCCAACUGGUGGUACGGCCCUUCACAACCUGGGUUUCAGUUUGGCGCAAUCUUCUAUGCCGCAUCUUUUACCUUAGCCCAACCAGCCUCCUACUUCCUUCUAUCGCGAGUUUCAAUUCUCAGAUGCUGGUCAAGUAUAGCCCUGUUGAAAGGACUUCACUUUAUCCCCUUGAUCCGCACUAUCUACAUCCAAUUCAAUGCCGUCCUCCUGCUAUAUGCCGUGCAGGGACUCAUUAGAGGUCUUGAACUAUCCUGCAUGGUAGCCAUUGUUUGGUCCUGUUGGAAACAAGUUACGCAUACUAGCCUCUUCCUCGUUCAUACGUACGCCUUUCCAGUGUUUAACGUUCGUCAUUGGAGUCACAUUAUGCUUCCUGCCGACAACUACUGCAUCAUAUCUCAUUGGGCGACCAACCGAGGUAACUUGGCUAUCCUUCAGUCAGAGGAUGUUCUACAGUCAAAGGUCGGUCAUCAACAAGCAAGAAUGUACAGCAGCGUGGACGUUACCACAGCCCAUAAGACGCCUAAUCGUUCGACCUCUACUGAUCUUCGCCAUUUCUACGAUCACAACCUUUGA